CGCAAAUUCGCUAGGAGACCGGUGGUCUUAUCGCGCCACCGGCACAAGUGUCCAUUCUUGCCAUCCAUGGUUGCCCAGCCCACCACAGGCCAAAAAACUAAUUAAUCAGAUCACUCAAGCAGGCACCUACUCGGAUGGAUCGUAAUGACUGAGUGAUUAGUUGGUUAAUUAAUCCAGCCGUCCCGACCGGCACGUCUGACUCUCCCACCCGUUCGGCGCUACAAAUACCCGCGAACCGGCGUGCGCAGCGGCGGGCAGGGAAGCGCGAGCGAGAAGCCUUUCCAAGAACGGAGCAACAAGACGGGGAGAGGGAGAGGAGGACGAUGGGGGUGAGCCUUGCGCAGGCGGUGGCGGCGCUGAUGGGCACGUGCGCGCGGCGGCUGUCGCGGGCGGCGCGGCGGCUGCACCUGCGCCCGCGGCAGGGGCUCGCGGCGUCCUUAUCGUCGCGCGCCGUCGUGCCGUUCCUAGGCGGGGGCGGCGCGAAGAAGGCGCUCUCGUCGGCGUCGGCGUCGUCCAAGUCGAAGAGGAGGAGGAAGGCGGCGGAGGACGAGGACGGGGUGUGGAGGAAGGAGAUAAUGAUGGGGGGGCGGUGCCAGCCGCUGGACUUCUCCGGGGUCAUCUACUACGACGCCGAGGGCCGCCGGCUAGCGCAGCCGCCGCCCCCGCGGUCGCCGCUGCGCAGCCCGCUGCCGGCGUCCGUCAAGCUGGCGGCAAACGCCGGAGGGUAUUAGCUAAGGAGCACUCUUUUUCACUACGAGUGUACAUGGUUUUCAUACCGCUGCUCUGUUUUCCUGUUUCCUCUUCUCCUCCUUGGUAAUAAUACGUCUCUAUUUUUCUCUAUCCUUUGCCUUGUGUAGUGAUUAGUGAGUACCAUGUACUGUAUAAUUUUAUCCAAGCUUAGCUUGCUUUUCUUCAGAAUUUGGCGCGCCUCUCCGACAGUUCUCGCUCUAGUGUUGUUUGCUUCAGCAUUACUUUAUUUUUUGUUCUUGUGCUUGUUUUCUCAUUUCGAAUAUACUAGUAAAAAAACCAAGGAGUAGCAGGAAUCGUA